AUGGCGUGGGGAGAAUUGAUGAGCAGUGACGAUGAAUUCCCAGACCUACAAGCGGUCGCUAAGCGCGUCCGACAGCCAAAGCUGCCAGCAGCACAUCAAGGGCCAGCCGCAGCUAGAAAGGAGGCGAUGCCGGCAGAAAACAGCAAACCCACCAUCAGAAGGCUUGUCAAGCCUUCGUUGUCGGCCUCUUUGACAAAUGGAACGCCACUACGUCGUCGGAAACUUGGCGAUUCCGAAACACUCGACAAUCCGCUCUUUCGAAAAUGGAGUGAGGACCUCACAGAGCCCAAGACCAGGACGUCUCGAGUCUCCAGUCGAGAAACCAGACCAAAGACACUGGGAACUUGUAGAGCAGAGCAUGUAGAUUCCGACAAAUCAUCCGAAGAGUCAGAUGAUGAUGUGUUGGUGCGGCGAAGGCAGCCAACGAGGACACGAAAGCCACAAAGAGAGAGCGCUGAUAGCUUGAUCAAGACGGAGGCUGUUUUAUUUGUUACCCAGCUGGACGACGAAGGCAGGUCCGUGGAGGAGACGCUCGAGAUCUCCGCCAUCAUCUCCGAGGGUGGUGAGCAGUCCAGCGACGAUGAGGAGUCUGAAUUUGUAACAGCCUUGUCAGAAGGUCUAGAGUCUAAUUCUGACUCCGACUCCGAAUACCAGUCGCCUGGAGGAUCCGAUGUCUCAUCUGAGGCAAGCCGACCGAGCAGCCCCAGCACGCGGGUACUGGCGACUACUGUUCGACUGCCACCUCCGCAAGACCGCCCUAAGAGGGUUAUGCCGCCGACCAAGGCUGCACGGGAGAAAGACCUAGAGGACACCGAUGACGAUCAGAAACCAGCCAGGCCAAGGACACCGCCUAAAAGAAAUUCGAGACCGACGUAUGCCACAGCCGAAGAUAUCGAGAACCACUUUCAAAAGCUCCGGCUCUACACCAAUGAGCUGGAUGAUUCAACAGAAACAAAGCCCGGAACACAACUAGAGCCGGUAACCCCUAGAAAGACGCUACAGGCAUCGCCAACAAAGGCACCGAAGAUCCCCCCUUCGCCAUGGAAAGCUGAACAUAAGGAGUUUUGGGACGUUGGAAUCCAGAACGAAUGGAUAGAUCGGCACUCACCUCCCAAGCGCAGUCCCCAAAAGCUCAACCUUACUGCAGGUACCGAUAGGAAGGGUACAUUGAAGCAGAAAUACGGCACAAGCCCCGAGAAGAAAACAGCCAAGAAGGUGUUCGAACAGGUUAGGGAGAAGAUGGCGCAUGAUUUUCUCCACGAGCUCGAUGAGUGUGUUACCUCUGGGCAGCUGUCACAACUCACCGCCGCCACCGGCGGGCUUCAGACCAAGUGGUCCAAUUCCCUGCAGACCACAGCCGGCAGGGCCCACUGGAAGUGCAAAGAAGUGACCACCAAGACCCAGCAGCCUGAUGGCGAGGUUAAGUCGACCAAGGAGCGCCAGCACGAGGGCUGGAUCGAGUUGGCGGCCAAAGUCCUCAACAACGAGGACGACCUAAUGAACACGGUGGCACAUGAAUUUUGCCAUCUCGCUGUUUUCAUGCUCAACGGCAAGCCCAAAUUCGCCCACGGUGCCGAAUUCAAGGCGUGGGGCCAAAAGUGCAUGGAUACAUUUCACGCCCGAGGCAUCGUUGUCACCACCAAGCACAACUACGAAAUCGACUUCAAGUUCAUAUGGCGUUGCGCCGACUGCGGCUGUGAGGUGAAGCGGCAUUCGAAGAGCGUCAACCCCGAGAAGCAACGAUGUGGACGAUGCCGCGGAAUCUUGGAACAGGUUAAGCCGGUUCCGAGGGCCAAUGGCAAGGGGCGAACUGCCUAUCAGGAGUUUGUGAGCAGGGAGAUGAAGGAUCUCAAGGCCGGAGGCAAGGCGCUGCCCUUCAAGGAGAUGAUGGCAAUCGUAUCAGCACGAUGGAAGGCACAGCAAGAACAAACCAUAGUCGGCCCGAGUGACAAAGAGCUCCAAGCCUUGGAGCAGGAGCUCGAGGGUCUCUUGGUUACAGACCUCACUUCAGAUUGA